CGGCGGCGGUUGUGGCGGUGGCUGAGGCGCGCGGGGUCGCGGGGUUGCGAGGUCGGGUUCUCGGCCACCAUGAGGCACAGAGGCCGCGAGGAGGAGGCGUGCGGCGUGUGGCUGGACGCGGCGGCGCUGAAGAAGCGGAAGGUGCAGUCUCUCUGUAGCCCCAGCUGGCCUGGAACUCACUACAUAGAACAGGUGGGCACUGAUCUCGUAGAGAUCCACCUGCCUCAGCCUCCUGAACUCUGGGAUUAAAGGUGUGCAUGCCACCAUGCCUGGCCUGUUAACCAUUUUUGCUGAACAAAAAACACAUUUAAUUAAACAAGGUACCAAAAUACUAGCACUCUUGCCUGGAGAGAGAAAAUCUAGUAUUUCUUUUACUCAAAGAAGCAGCACUCGGCAGACCAGUAUGACUUCCUUCGUCACCCUGAGACCAGGAAUGACAAAUGGUGGUGACCAGAAAAGUAGUUCAUCUCCCAUAGAAAGUCACCUCAACAAAGAGUCCAAGAAAGAUGCAACGCGGAUAGACAGUUUGGUUCAGGAAUUGGGAGGUGAUUGCUUGGUACCCCCUUUGGCCACUUCAACUCCUGCAGAUAUCCAGGAAACUGGACUUUCUCCUCAGUCUCUCCAGACUUCUGACCACCAUGGUUUGGGAACCCCAGUUUUGACUGUGCUGUCUUUGCCCCAGCCUGACAUCUUGGUGUGUGCUGAAGAGCACAGAGCCUCACUGGCUUUGUCCUUUACCCAGGACUUGGAAAAUUCUUGUUUGCUGAACCAAAGAGAGAACAAGAGGAAAAGGGAAUGGCUUCAUGGGUUGAAGACCAUCUGUCCAGGCAUAGAAAGCCACGUCAGAUCACCUGAGGGUAAAUGCCAUCAUUGCUCAGACAAAGCUGAACUGGGAAAGAGGUCUGCCAAAGAAAAUAGGCAGGCUCCUGUACACCUUCAGACCUCCAGGGAAUCUUGGAGUAGGAAAAAAACACGACCAGUGACAAAAAGCCUUUGUCCUCUUUCUCUGUUUUCCUGGGACAGUGAGAAAGACAAAGACUCCUGGAGUCAGCUUUUCACUGAAGAUUCCCAAGGCCAGCAAGUUAUUGCCCACAACACUAGAAUGCCUUUCCAAGAUGUAACCAAUGCCUGGAAUCAGGGCUUGGGACAGUUUCCUGGCAUCCCUUGGGCUCAGGGCCAAGAUGGACCUACUCAGUUACAUCUGCAGCCAGACCUGCUCUUUACCCAAGACUCUGAAGGUAAUCAGGUUAUCAGGCACUAGUUCUGAAUGUUUGUGUGAGAGUUUGGCUCUGUACAUGUCUUGAAAUGGCAGAGAUGCAGGAAAGUACCUUGUAGGGGGCCUGGGUAUACAUGAGGGUUUAGGUGAGAAAGUCAGGUGGAAUGAAGCUGUUGUCAUUGUGGAACAUUUUUCUUUUGUAAAUAAAGCAGGUAGUGCCACUGGUUGACUGUAACAUCAUGCUUUUUCCUCAGGAAGGUGGUGCCUGGUGCAUUCCAGAAAUGAGUUUGAUGAGCAGAAUGCAGGGCAGGAACUAAUCACUAAAAAGCACAGAGCUGCUACCCUGCUCCAGGUGCCUGGCAAUGCCUCUGCUUCCUACAGAUGUGUGCUCUUUUGAUCUCUGACUGUUCUCACCCACUCAGCCUAAGCCUGGGCCCAUUAUCCCCAACUGCAUUUUUUUGUCUUUUUGAAGCAGGGUCUCCCUGUAGCCCUAGCUGUCCUAGAACUCAAUGUAGACCAGGCUGGCUUUGAACUCACAGAGAUCCACCUGCCUCUACCUCCCAAGUGCUGGGACUACAGGCGUGUACCACCACGCCCGGUCCCAACUGCAUUUUAAGAAACUGUCUCCCAGAGCUGGAGAUGGCUCAGUGAUUAAGAGCACUGACUGCUCCUGCAGAGGAGCUGGGUUCAGUUUCCAGAAUCCACAUGGUGGGUGGCUAACAAUUAUCUGUAACUCUAGUUCUAGAGGAUCCAAUGCCCUCUUCUGGCCUCCAAAGGCAUUGCAUACACAUUGUGCACUUUUAAUGUACAUGCAAGGCAAAACUUGUACAUUUAAAAAAAAAAAAAAGUUAAAAACUAAAAUUAUCUCCCAACGCAAGUGUAUGGAGUGGUGGAAGGGAAAGGUAAAUGGCUGAUGGUACUUUUACUUUUUUGUUUUUAACAGUUAUUCUCUACCCCAAACCUGAGCUAUAUAACAAUCGAGAGAGAACUAUUAAUCCUCUCCCACAAGGGAAAGAGAGUCCUCUUUGGAAAGUUGGCUCUGGUGGUAACUAAAACAUUACCAAUUUUUUUUUUUGAAAAAGCAGCUUUUAGGGGCCUGGAGAGAUGGCUCAGCAGUUUAGAGUACUGGCUGCUCUUGCAGAGGGUACAGGUUCAAUUCCAAGUACCCCAUGUGGCGAGUAAUAACAAUCUGUGACUCCAGUCCCAGGGGAUCUGAUGCCCUCUUCUGAACUCCAAGGGCAUUUGCACAACAUGGGUGUGCUUACACAUAUGCAGGCAAUAUACUCAUACACAUAAAUAAAAAAUUUAAAGCAACUAUUAGCUGGGUUAUUGAGGUGGUAUGCCUAUAGUCCUAGUACUCAAGAGACAGCCAAGAAGAUUGCCUUUUGAGUUCAAGACCAUCUUAAGCUACAUAGUGAGUUCUGGGCCAGCCUGGGCUAGAAGGGGCUCAGGUGAUAGAGUGCUUGCCUAGCAUGCACAAAGCCCUGGGUCCUAACACUUGAGACAGGCAAAAGGAUUGCCAUUGAGUUCAAGACCAGCUUAAGCUACAUAGUGAGUUCUGGGCCAGCCUGGGCUAGAAUGACAUCCUAGAAGGGGCUCAGGUGGUAGAGUGUGUGCCUAGCAUGCAUAAAGCCCUGGGUUCAAUCCCUAGCACUGUAUAAACCAGGCAUGGUGGUGUGUGCUGAAAUUCCAGGCACUCAAGAGGCUGAGGGCAGCCUGUGCACCUUAGUGAGAAACCUCUCAACAGACAGUAAUGAAAAGGGCAACAUUUAAAAAUGAUGUGUAUGUUGGAGUAUGGGCAUGUGUGUGCCACAUUAGAAGAUAACAUCCAGGAGGUGGUUCCCUCCUUCCACCGCCAUAGGGUUGCAGGGUUUGACUCAGAAAGCCAGCACUUUUACCUGCUGAGCCAUCUUACUGGCCCAAGGCAGCGUUUUAAUAAUGUAUGUUCUUUCACUGUCCUGAAUCCAACCCAAGCCCAAGUCUGAUUUGGCUUGUUCCACCAAAGCAACAUUCCCGGUGCAGCAGCUUCUCAUAAGUGAGUCACUUGAACAGCCUCGAGAAGACAAAAAAAUAAAUUUUAUGGAGCUGCUUUUAGAGGAGUUGGGUUGGGUGAGCAGGGGGCCAGGGUAUCUAGAAAGAAGGAAGAAACCCCCUGGGGAAGUUUUAAGAGCAAGAAAGAGGGGAAGCCAGGAACCUGCUUCAGAAAAUUCAGACCAACAGGAGCCCUUCAUCCCUAAAAGCUACUGUGGUCACAACUCCAAGAUGGACAGAGAGAAUACACUUUCUCCAAAUCCUUCAUUUAAUCUCAGGUAGUGCUUCAACUCAAACACAGUAUACAUACCAUAAAGAAAAGGGCCCCGAGGGCACUCGAAUCAUGCAUGAUGUGGUAGGUACAAACCUCGGCCCAACCCAGAACAGUUAGUCAGUGGCCUGGAAGAAGGGUGGCAUCUCUUUCCCCUCCCCAUUUCUCCUUCCUAGCUGGACUUAAAAGUCCAUGGAAGAAAAAAUUGUUAGUAUACUGAUGAGGCCUUGGAGGGCAGAUCUGGUUGUACAGUAUUAUAAAAUAUGUUUAAGAAAAAAUAGCCCAGGCCUCCCAGUAGCACUCCCAAGUAUCAGCUGGUCCAGUGGCCUGACCUCUAUUAUCUAGAGAGGGAAACGGUGAUUGCUGGGCAUUGGUGUGGGUUACGAUUGAGCAGCAUAAGAUCUUCCCUGCCCUGUGAACAAGUACAUUAAGAGCCCCUUCCCCUCAGCUCUGCUGCAAAGAAACUGCUGAGUGAAAGCUGUGCAGGAAAUGUCCGAUGAGACCAUUUAUGGAGGCUAAUGCAGUGGUAAGUCAUUCACUUAGGGCCUAUU